UAUAAUAAACACCUCUUCGUUUCAUUGAAAACAAAAUGUUAAUCCGUUUCGUAUACAUUUAUUUAUGUAAUUCAAUCUAGAACUUGAUUGUUAUUCUUGGUGUCCGGUGUGAUUACCGUACUGCAAAUAUAAAUGUUUUUUUAUGUUACGUAUACGUGUCAAGUAAACAUUAAACUAACCUCACUUUGGCCUUCAGUUUACAAAUUAGUGUAAAUGUCAACAAUAAAAAUAAAGUUAAUGUGUACCUGAUACGUUUUCAUAAUCAUGAGAAAAAGUCAAUCCAUUAAACAAUACUUGUAUAACAGUACUAGUAAAUUAACGGCGUAGUGUGUAGUGUAGUGUCUUUAUAGGAGUCACAUCAUUAAUACGCUGUGCUUGUAAACAACAAUGAAUCGUACAUAUUAUUGGAUGAGAUAUUUUCUGCUUAUGAUAGCAGUACACUGCAUUCAUGGCUUCUCUAACCAGAUACCAGAGAAUUUUUUUAAAACGGGUCACUCAAACAAUUGGGCAGUUCUACUUGAUACAUCUCGAUUUUGGUUCAAUUAUCGUCAUGUAGCCAACGUUUUGAGUAUAUACCGCAGCGUGAAACGUUUAGGCAUACCUGAUUCACAAAUAAUAUUGAUGAUUGCUGAUGACAUGGCAUGCAAUCCACGGAAUCCCCGUCCGGCCACCGUUUUUAACAACAUCAAGCAGCAUAUCAAUGUUUACGGGGACGACGUAGAGGUUGACUACAGGGGCUACGAAGUCACGGUGGAAAAUUUUGUACGACUGCUGACUGGCCGUCUAAAGCCGGAGACGCCACGAUCCAAAAAGCUCCUCACCGAUGAGGGCUCAAAUAUACUCAUUUACUUGACUGGUCACGGGGGCAAUGGCUUCCUCAAGUUUCAAGAUUCGGAAGAAAUAACUAGCCAAGAACUAAGCGAUGCUCUUGAGCAAAUGUGGCAGAAAAGACGUUACCACGAGGUCCUCUUCAUAGUUGACACCUGUCAGGCGUCGUCCAUGUACGAAAAAUUUUACUCACCCAAUAUUCUUGCUGUGGCUUCCAGCUUGGUUGGCGAAGAUUCACUUUCCCAUCACGUUGAUCCAGCUAUUGGAGUUUAUAUAAUAGAUCGUUAUACUUAUUAUGCACUGGAAUUCCUGGAAACGGUUGAGCCAUUCAGCUCAAAAACACUAAGUGAAUUCUUAAAAGUAUGCCCAAAGCAUUAUUGCCUGUCAACAGUUGGCGUGCGGGAAGAUUUAUUUAAAAGAGAUCCAAAAACGGUUCCAGUCACUGAUUUUUUCGGAUCUUUGAGGCCCGUCGAGUUGACAUCGAAUAUUAUAAAGUUGGUUGAUAUUGUGAAAAAUAAUCAAUCAGUUCCUACGGAAGCCAAAGAAAAAUACAAGUACGGUUCAUUGUUUCCAAGUUUUCCUCAGUACAGUUAGAUUUGAGGUAAUAAUUUUUUACAACAUUUUUAUAAUUUACAAUUAAUUUUUGUACAAGUUAUAUCGAUACGUGUAUUACACGUUUGAAUCCAAAUAUUUUAAUCCAUCAAUUGAGGUAUUUCACAAACACAGUAAAAAAAUCUGUACAUAAGAUAAAAUGCAAGCAUAGUAUUUAGGGGCAUCCUUAUGUAUCACAGAGGUGUCGGCAAGUCGGAGACCAAUUUGAAAUUUUUCAUUUAUUAAGUCCAUUAGUUUAAAACUUUAUUAAAUCAUCUAAUAAAAGAGAAAAAAAA